AUGGCAGAAAAGGAGUCCAGUCAGGAAAAAAAAAAGCACACUGAGUCAAAAGCACCUGAGGUGAUAAAUGAAAGGAGAAUGUCAGAGAGAAGACCGAGUGUGCAAAAAAGUAUUGAUAAAAGCCCUCCUGCUGUCGUGCCAGCAGAAUCUGGUAAGGGAGGUGAGAACAAAGUGAAUCAGCCUUCUUGGAUGUCCAUGGCAAGACAGAAACAGCUCAGCUUUAAGGAUGAAAACCCCAUUUGCAAACAAAGGACUGCAAAUCAAGAGGCUGACAAACAGAACAAAGAGAGGACAGAGGUUAAUUUAAAGCAGCAAACUGACCAAAUGCAGAACAAAAGUACAAUCACGGCAGUUGCUGUUGUUCCUGAAGAAACAAAAACAGAAAUGAAUGAGCCAAGACGGAGAGCAAACACAUUGCCGUAUCCUGUCCCUGGUACACAGCUGUCCUUGAUAACAGAGAAAGAAGAAAAGGUCACAUACAAGCGUCCAACCCUUUCUGUGUCUGAGGAACCUUCUUGGAUGGAGCUGGCUAAGAAGAAAUCCCAAGCCUGGAGUGACAUGCCACAGAUCAUUAAAUAG